AUGUCCAACACUUAUAAUAAAGAUCUAUUAACUUCGACUUUAUAAUUUAACAAAUUACAAGACAUAGUAUCGUCCAGGAAACCUUAUAAAAUAAUUGAAGAAGUAAGUUCUGGCCGCAUAACAUUAAUAAACGACCACUUUUAACAUUUAUAAAAAAUUAACCAAGAAAGCGAAAUAAUAAGAUUAGUAAACAGCAUGGAUAUGGAAGGUAAAACUCCAUUAUUUUAUGCAUGUUAUUAUAAUUUCCAAAAUCUAAUAGUAUAUUUAUUAACAAAAGGAUCUGAUCCAUUUAUAAUAACUUCAAGUGGUCAAAAUUUAUUUCAUUUAUGUUGUUAUUUAGGCCAUUCUGAAUGUAUUUCAUUAGUAUUAAACUAUUGUAAACAUAUAGACCGUUUGAAAUUAUUCCAAAACAUAAAAUAAGAAAUGAAAUAAUAUUAUUUUAAACGCACUGAUAUUAGAUAGGGAAUUUUAAUAUCUUCAGAUAAACAUAAUCCUUUAGUUAAGGAGAGAUUUAACAAUUUCAGGCAUUAAAUUUACGUUUUAUUCAAAAAAUAUCUUGAAUUGUAAUUAGAUAGAAUUACUUAGGCUUUAAAACCUAUAGACGAUCUUUCCCGAAAUCCAAUUCAUUACGCUGCUUUGAGUAAAUUUACCAAAUGUAUUAAAUCAGCCAGACUUUUGCUCAAUUACGGAUUAAAUAUAGAUGGUUACGACGACUUCGAGUACCUUUUUAAUGAAAUAUAACUCCUUGAAUUAAAUAAAGAAAAUAGAAUAUGUCCGAAAUAAUACCUUCCGAUAAUUUAAAUGGUUACAAACUUCCUAUUACCGCAUGAAUAUAAUGAACUUUUGACCUAAUUUAAAUAAAACAUAGAUGAUUUAGUAUAAAAAAUAAUAAAUGGGUAAGAUAAUGAAGGCUAUACUCCUUUACAUUUAGCUUCUUUUUACGGAGAUUUCGCUUAAGUGUAAUUUUACUUAAAACUAGGGGCAGAUCCGAAAGCUGUAGAUUUAAAACACCGUAAAGAAGUCCUAGACUAUGCAAGUAAUGAUACAGUAAGGAAAUAUUUAAUUGAUUUAAAAGAUGCAACUAAAUAAGGAGAUAAUAAAAGUUUUAAUUUUCUAGUUAAUUGUGGACAUUUUGUUGAUGGAAAAAAAACUAUAUUUGGAAUAGCUCCUAUUCAUAAUGCAGUAUAGAAUGUUUAUUUAACUAAAGAUGAUACUAUUUUAAAAAAUGUAGUCAAAUGUGACGCUGAUAUAAAUAUUACUGAUUCUAAUGGAUGGACUUCAUUGCAUCAUGCUUCUAAAAAUGGCGAUUUAGCAACAGUAUAAUAUUUAAUAUCAGAAAAGUCAGAUAUAAAUAAAUUCUCAAAUAAAGGUUAUUAACCAAUACAUAUAGCAGCAAUGUAUAAUCAUCCUGAUGUUCUUUAAUUUUUAUUAGAUAAUAAUGCAAAUAUUUAAGCUUUAACUGUUGAUAAAUUAACUCCUUUACAUUUAGCUUCAAAAAAAGGAAACAUAUAAGUUAUGAAAGUACUUUUAGAUAAUAAAGCUAAUAUAUAUGCUGUAGAUGAUAAAUAAUGGACUUGUUUACAUUUUGCAGCUUUUAAUUAUCAUUAUACUGCUGUAUAACUUUUAUAAAGAUAUGAUGCUGAUUAUGAAAAAUUAAAAUAUAUGAUAAAUUCUAAAGGAAAAACAGCUUUAUAAAUAGUUACAAAUGAUAAAACUAGAUUUGCUUUCUAUACUUUAUGGAAUGCUUCUAGAGAAGGAAAUCUUGAUAUUGUGAGAAGGUUAACUACUUUAGGAUAAGAUUUGAAUGAAUAAACGUUUUAUAAUAAAAUUACUCCUCUUAUUUUCGCAACAUUAAAUGAACAUUAUUUAAUUGUUAAAUUUUUAUUAGAAAACGGAGCUAACAAAGAUAUAACUAAUAUAGAUGGUAAAACAGCACUUGAUUAUGCUUAUACAAUUAAUAAUAGAAAAAUUAUUAAAUUACUUGAUUCUAGCGUUAAUUGA